CAUAUCAGAGGCUGUGCUUCUUGUUCAACAAGGGAAGGUUGCUCGCCACCAAGGUCACAAUUGCUGUUUUCAGAGCAGACAUUUAUAAUGUACAUUAAACCCUCGCGGUGACUAUAUACCUACGUUCGUAGGCCGCUUGCCUCUUACCAAUGACGUUUACCCGAACUCUCAGGUUGGCAGUCCUUCGCUCCUACCAAUACUACCGCCCAUCAUCACUACUACCUACUAUCAGCCUUUCUACUGAAAGGGAGAUGAGGGGAUGGCCUUGCACGAAGCUCCAAGGUAUCACUCUGCGGCGAAGUAUCGCUUCUCUAACGAACAAGCCGACAACAUUGUCCGAAUUGCUGCCUACCAUCGCAGAGACUUCGCGCUUUCGGUAAUAUGGUUCCCGCCCCGCGAACAGCUUUUGGUCCGCGCCUCUAUAUCUAUGUCCUUCGACCGUGCUUCAAAUAGGGACCUCGGCGUGCUUGAUCUACUGCCAGUCGAACUCUUACAUAACAUAGCCCUGCGCCUGGACAUACUUUCGGUCUUCAGGCUGAGACAAACCAACCACCGAGCACGGGAGAUCAUGGGAGGUCUCAAGGAAUACCGUACCGUGGCUUUACAAGGACUGGAUUGUUUUCGCGCCUUGUUGCGCACAGGGCUUGCCAUCGCCGUCUCAUUGUCCGAUUUCUACAAAGCCGUUUGUACCGAGAGCUGCGCGGUUUGUGGCGCAUUUAGUGGGUUUAUAUCACUGGUAACAUGGACCCGAUGUUGUUUUGAGUGCGUCCAGAAAGCACCGGAGACGCAACUACGAAGCCUGGCUAGUAUCCAGAACCGGUUUCCCUUCGCCGAGGUUGAGAUAGACAGCCUGCAGUCGUUCGAAACCUUACCUGGAACAUACACGAUGGAAGAGGCUGCAUACAAAUCGCGUACCGCAGUGGUCUCCCUAUACCAGAUAACCUUACUCCCUCAGCAAAAGGGGGCACUGGCAUGGGAGGGGGCACACCCACGCCCGUCCGCUAGGGAGCUAAGGUGCCGGCUUAAGUACAACUUCAUGGGUGCAUGCGCACUUGAUUACUAUAACAAACAGACAGGAAAGGUCGAACGCGGAGUGUCUUGCGCUGGCUGCCAACUUGCCUUCGAGAAGGGCAUUAUCGGCUCGCUGGGGGAGAGUUGGGCAAGGCAGGCUUGCGAUAAGGUCUAUUCGAAAGCGGGCUAUCUGGAGCACUUCAAAUGGUGUGAACAGGCACAGCUUCUCUGGGCGCUGAGCGAGGGGGGAAGCCACCAACCCGCGGAGCUACCUGAAGCUGCUCGGAGAGGGGGUUUCUUCAAACCAAGAGAUGGAGAAUAGUUACGGAUUAUCAUUCUGAAGAGAUGAAGGUGGGGGAUCGACGCUGAACGAAAUGCCAAGCCUUUAGCUGCCGGUUUGAUGCAACGGGCUCCCCAUAAAAGAUCGGCCACCCUUGGCUCGCACCCUGGCUCGCAGCAGCCCGAAGCGGAAGGCGGGGUGGCGGGGUC